AUGAUCGGCAGCGAAACGUGCUGGACAGAGAUGUCGUCGUUCUGUAAGGCUGUCAUGGGUCCCAAAGAGGCUGAAGAGAGUGAGGGAAGAAGCUGCCGAUGCUCCCCUUACGCAGGUUCGGAAGUAGUAGGCGCCGAUGUGCUCACCUACUCCCACUUUAAUUUAGGGCGGAAAAAGAUUGGCGAUGAUUUACAAAACGUGUUCGUGAGAUAUGUCAAGAACGAAGCAUCAGAACAUGACGUGAAAAUUAUACAAGACACUUUAGCCAUCUACUUCCCGGUAUCGAAAGAGGCAGAAAGGCAAAGCGAAAGAUCUGGAGAAUUUCAGAGUGUGGACUGCUUAAUAUGUCGGAGUGCUUUCGGAGCACUCUUCGACCUGGUCCGCGAGGGACAGUCAGACCAGAGACUGAUAGAAGCGGUGUCUACGUUAUGCGCAUCUCUCGGAUUCGUAACUCCGAGGGCUUGUCGCGGAGUCAUCGAAUUGAAUAUCCCAAUACUAACGUUCAUUAUUAGAACAACACCACGAGCGCUACCAAGAACAUUCUGUGGAUUGGUCUUACAAAGAAGCCACGACCCUUUGUUCUGUCCUUAUGACGACCCUAGAUUUGAAUGGACCGUCAGUUUACCAGCCAGGCGGAGUAGUAAAAUAAUUGACAGAGAAUCCGAAGCAAGGAAUAGACCUCUCACAAUAGCCGUCAUCUCAGAAGCCCACAUAGACCCACUGUACGUAGCAAACGGCGUAGCUGACUGCAAUGAACCGACGUGCUGCAGAAAAGGUCAAAUACCACGUACACACAUUUACGAAUAUUCUAAUGAAGAACCUUUAAUUAAAGAUGGAGUUAUCAAGAUAGAUAACAAAGAUAUGAUGAAUUUAGAUAUUACCACUCAAAUAAGAAAUAGGACCAAAAUAAAACAAGUGGACAGAAGAAAUUCGCCACCUGCUGGUUUUUGGGGCGACUAUAGGAAUUGCGAUACGCCACUUUGGGCUUAUGAUGACGCUAUCCAAAGAGUGGCUACAGCGCACCGGAAUGUCGAUCUUGUGUAUUACAUGGGAGACAGUAUCGAUCAUCAUGUAUGGGAGACCACUUAUGAACUAAUAAACGAAGUUAACGCACAUAUCAUCGACAAAAUGAGAAAGGAAUUUGGGAACAACGUCCUUGUAAUACCAUCUAUUGGAAACCACGAGUCCCAACCGACUAACCAAUUCGCACCAAGUACCGUGAGAGGCGACAAACUCAAUACAACCUGGCUGUACGAAGGCUUAGCAAGAAAGUGGGACUUCUAUUUAACAGCGGAGGCUAAAGCUACAGUUCGACAGAUGGGCGCGUUUGCAAUGCGUGUGCGACCAGGUUUACGCGUCAUCUCCGUGAAUAACAACGUUGCCUUUAAAUCCAAUUGGUGGCUAGUCUACGAUCCGUUGGAUGCUAAGAGACAUUUAGACUGGCUUGUACAGGAGUUGCACAAAGCGGAGUUAGCUGGAGACAAGGUCCAUAUACUCGGACAUAUACCGCCUGGAGUCCAUGACUUCACUUACACGUGGACCAGGGAGUAUAACAGAAUUGUUACAAGAUUCGCGUCAACAAUCGCCGGGGAGUUCACAGGUCACACGCAUGGUGAUGAGUUCAAGAUAUUCUACAGUUUGGAAAAUGGCCGACCGAUCAGUAUUGCAUGGGGUGCUGGAAGUGUGACCGCCUACACUAACUUCAACCUCAACUACAAGAUCGCUACCAUCGACCCGAGGACCUUUGAGCCAACAAACUUCGUCAGCUUCAUAUACAAUUUGACUGAAGCGAACCUGACCCCACACAGACGUCCGCGUUGGUUCCAACUCUACGACUUUAGAUCUGCGUUUGGACUGCGGGACUUGUCACCUACAUCAUUGGACGCUUUAGUACGCAGGAUGGCCACUGAGAGAAAUAGACAUUUGAUAGGACUGUACUCAAAGUUUCUACUGAAAAUGAGCGACAGAAGAUGGCCAUAUUGCAACGAUUGGUGCAAAAUCGACAACCUAUGCAGAUCUGUGGUCACUGUGCUGUGGCGACGUGAGAGAUGCGAGGAACUUCGACGACUGUUUUGGUUCGGUUAGCAACUAUGGUGAAUAGCCAUAUUCGAGCGAAAGCCAACAAUGACCAUAUAAAGUAGCAUGUUUUGAGGACCCAUUUGACAAUAAUAACUGCUUGUUUUGAGGACCCAUUUGACAAUAAUAACUGCUUGUUGUGAGGACCCAUUUGACAAUAAUAACUGCUUGUUUUGAGGACCCAUUUGACAAUAAUAACCUGUCUAUUUGUAUUUAUAAACAUUUCAUCAAAUAAAGUAUAAUUUCUUGUGAAUUUUACCAAUUGUUCAAUUACUUAUUACUUUAUUUUCAGCUUAUCUGUACUUUAAAUGUUGUGGAGUUUUACUUUCAUGUUAUUAUGGCUUAGUUUGUAUUUUUUUGAUAUCAUAUUAUGUACAUCAAUGUUAUCAUAUGUUUUUCUAUUGCUGUUUAAUUUAUUUCCUUUUUUCUUCGUUUUGAACCUACAUUGUUUAGGAGAUUGUUUUAUAAAUAAAAAUAUAU